UACGCUGUGUUGAUGUAACUUUUCACAUGUUGAUGUUAGAAAUAUGUUUGGCUACAAGCGUACACUAAAGCAAUGAUAUGAUGAUGAGUUCUAGGUCAUAAAUGUUUAUUUUCUUAUUUUAGUAAGGUUUUGCACUAUUUAUUUGCCUCUUUUAAUGUAUUUUUAUUGUUGCAUAAAAACCGCUUAGGUGGUUGAAUGAAAAAUCUGCAGUAUUUCAACAUUUUUAUAUAAUUAAUUGAUGAAUCAUCAAUUAAUUACUAAAAUAGUCGUUAGUUACAGCCCUAAUUAGAACUCCUGACUAGUGAAGUUUAUACCCGUUGUAAAUGUAUUUAAACUUCCUACUGGAGCCGUAGGUCUAAAAACCUGUUAGUUUUGUAUAUUUGAAUGUUCUCUGCGUCCCAAACUUAUUUAAUAAUCGUUUUUGGAGAACAGAUGAACAGGUGUGGAGGUUAUCUUGCUGAUUCAGGCCACAGCGCAGAGACCCACCCACUCUCCCCUCCUCUGUCACUCGCUUUUGUUGUGGUUUCUGUCGAUGGUUUGGCUCACAGAGCCAGCCCUUGCUGGCCCUGCUGCCAUGGCAACCAGGAAAUACUCACCGCCGUCAAAGUAGUAGUAGUGUCCGCGAGAGAGGGGGGCAGAGAUCGGAGCAGAACGUGGGGAGCAGCAGUCUAGACGGACCGCAGCAGCAGAAGGAAUUGAUCUCCACAUUCGGCUGAGCUGAACCUCGUCCUCCUGUAGAGAUGGCUGCCAACUCUGCCGCGCCGGUCAAGAACGUGGUGGUGUUCAGGAAUGGAGACCCCUUCUUCGGCGGACGCAGGUUUGUGGUCAACCAGCGUCAGUUGGCCUCCAUGGAGGUCUUUCUGAACGAGGUGACCCAGAGCAUCGGCGCCCCGCUGGCUGUCAGGACCCUGUACACCCCAAGGCAGGGCCACAGGGUCUCAGACCUCCAGGACCUCCAGACGGGAGCGCAGUACGUCGCUGCCGGCUUCGAGAGGUUCAAGAAACUGGACUAUCUACAUGCAGGGUUAAAAAAGCAGCCUGGAGCUCGUAAUGAAGCACAGGUGAAAGUCAUCCAGAGGCCCAACGUUUCAGCCAAAUGGAGGAAGUUUAUUUCUGUUCCUUGUAUUAUACAUGUAUUCCGUAAUGGAGAUCUCCUGUGUCCACCUUUCCGGUUCAUCAUUCCUCGGAGUUUGCAGCAGGACCUGGAUCAGAUCCUGAGUCUGAUCACAGAGAAAGUCAGCUUACGGACUGGAGCGGUGCGCAGGCUGUGCUCUCUGGAUGGCGUCUCCGUUUCCUCGGCUGGGGAGUUGCAGACCGGCCGCUGCUACGUUGCCGUGGGAACCGAAAGGUUCAAGAAACUUCCAUAUGUGGAGCUGCUGGUUUCAAAAGCUGCCGAGAGACAUUAUCCUGAGAAGAGGAAACUACAGAGGAGAACACAGAACAGAAAAGCGGGAAGCGGUCCUGAAGACCGCUACAGUGACUCAGCUCUCCUCAACUCCCCAGAGUCUGAUGGCCGGAGGGUGACGUCAACGGGAGAUGAAGCUGCAGCUCUUCAGGCGUCGCAGCGGCUGAGCAGGAGAGAGAGAGCAGACGAGGCGUCCGGAUACUUCGCCCGGCCCGUCAAAGUUCGCAAGAACAGAACGCGAAGCAGAACGCUGCUCACUGAUGGACCUGGUAAGCCAGGUGUGCUCAAAGGAGAGGAUGGGACAAAUAGAGAGGAGGCUCGAGGUGCAGAGGAGGUGCAGGAGGACGAGAACACGGCUACAGAGCUUCCUGUUGAUCAGAGAGUUGCAGAAAUAGUUGAAGAUGAAGUUUUAAGCAACACAGAGGAUCCGGUGCUGAACUCUCCACAGAGACAUGCAGAAAAGAGUGAGCAGCACCAGCACCAACAGGAACCCAGUGGAAAGCAGGUGAAAGCAUCUGAACAGGAGGAGUCAGCAGCUCAGAUCCUGAAAGAGGCUGAACUGAAGCCGAAAUCGUCGUCGUCUCAUUCAGAGGGGAAGAUCAAGGAAGAGCAGGCAAGUCUGCCGACUUCACAUCUAUAAAAUCCUGGAGAAACUUUGUUUUUCUGGGGCAUGCUGUGGUGGCGCAGGGGAUCAGCACGCCCCACGUUUAGCCCUCGAUGCGGACGUCGUGCUGACCCGGUCGUUGGGACCGGGUCGACUCCCGGUCCCAACGACCCUUGCAGCAUGUCUUCCCCCCACCUGCUUUCCUGUCUGCCUACUGUCACAAAGAUACAAGCCACUAGUGCCGCAAAAACUCUUUGGAGAAAAAAUAAAACUUUGUUUUUCUACUGAUUUUAAUGCUUUCCUGUGACAGAAGAGCCUGCAGGAUGCUUAAUGCCGUCUGACGAAAUGAGCAGCAUCUAAACUGUGAUAUUGAGAAAAGUAAGAUUUGUUUGUAUUUUUUUUUAUCUUAAGACAUAAAUGGGAAUCAAAAUCCAACAAAUCUCAAAAAAACCUGCUGAAAGUGAGAUUAUUUAAUCUGUUCAUCCUGUUUAAAAGGAGUAACUUUGAUGUCGACAUUAAGUGUUGAAAUCUGCAGGAACCAACAUUCGGCCCGGCAUCUUAAUAAAUAAUCCAGAAAGAGCUGCUGUGUGUUAAUGCACCAGGAGAACAUGCAAACAUUAACACAUUUAAAUAUUUUAUAUAUGCCAUUAUUGUUCACUCGUCUUCAAUCAAAGCAAAUAUUCUUGAAUUUCUAGAAUUUUCUCCCUUGAAAUAUUUUUUGUAUUUUUUCCUGGGUUUUUGUUUUCAUGUUUGGCAGGAAGUAGAGAGCGUCAUUUCUGAUGUAAAGUCAAUGAAAAGUCAUAGAAAGUGAUUUUUUUCCCAUCCAAUGUGUGCAAAUUGUUAGUUCAAUACAUGAGAAAAUAUUUUUGGUUUGAAUCAAAUAAAAAUGAGGUUUGCUUGACUGAGGAAGCAGCUUCUGUCAAAAUAGUUUAGUAUUACAAUAGGACAUUUAAAGUGACAAAGUUAUUUAAAUCCAUGAAAUAAUGUAAUAAAAGUUUAUAUUUCUUUGAAUGUCAGCUGUCCUUUUAAUUUAACAUUUCUUAUAGUCAACUCAGUAAUUAAAAAAAUAAAGGCUACUUAAUCAUGUUUAUGUAUUAAAGUAUUUGAUCAAGAAU